UACUGCACAAGACACACAAUGACGUCACAUGCCAGAAAAAACUCUUAUCAAUGAAUUUCAUUGAGAAAACGAAACUUCAUUCAUGAAAAGUGUGAAACGACGUAUAACAACAAGAAGAACAAAUUGCAAAUAAUAAAAUUCCUUGAAGCAUAAAAUACAAAAAAAAAAAUAAAUAAAUAAAGGAUGUAGGAUUCUGUGCCGUAGUGUGACAGAGCGAUAAGGAAAAGAGAAAUAAAUCAGAUUCCAUUUAAUUGAAAUCCAAUAAAAAAAUACGACAUGACAAUAUGUUCGGUGUUAAGGAAUCUUAGAGUAUAAAAGGAGUUAGAAAAUGUUGAAAGGACCACAGUCACUGUAACGACUUCGAACGAAACAAAUCGAAUAUAACAAAAGUGCAAUCGCGACAUAAGUAAAUAUUUAAAGGCAAAUCGAAAAAUUUUCAAAAGAACUCAAUUUGUUCAUAUCCGCAAAAGUAAAAGUACCGAGACAGUUAAUUCAAAUUUUAAAGUGAAAAUGUUAUUUGGCUCCUGGCAGUUAAAAGCUGCUUUAAGCCUUCUAUUGUUGGUUCCAAUUUUUGGUCAACAUCUAACGCGAACAUGUGAACGAGACUAUUGUUUUGAACGAAAUGAUCCUGGCAUAGCAUGGGAAGUGAACCGCCAUGAAUUUUCUAAACAUAUCAACAUCGGCGACAACCGCAUUGUUAGAGAACGAGCUCAGAUUUUUGAUCGCGCCGAUGAUACUAUGCGGCAAUAUCGAGAAGAGAGAGAAUCUCGUUCUCCGAAUGAUCGCAUAAACAUUAGAAAUGCUGAUCGGAGAAUUUCGCGAGAACGCUUAGACGACCGACGUAAUGGUCUAGGUGUGGAACGCGAUCGUGAAAUUCGUUAUCGUCGCGAUGAAAAUAUAUCUGAACUACGAAACCAUAAUGAGCGCGAGGAUCGCCGUAUUGGACAAUAUAGCCAACGUAUUGAGAAUCAAAUGGAUAAUGUUGUAGACUCUGAAAGGUCUCGGCGAAUUACUAAUCGACGCAGUGAAGAAAAAUUGGAACACGAAAUCCGUGAACAACCGGCAGUACGUCGUAUAGAAACACGAGGAAUGUUGGAAACCGAGGAAAAUGUUUCACUUCGCGAAAAAAGGCGACAAAGGAAUUAUCGAAAUGAAGAAACCUCAAAACGUCGGGAAGACCAAAUUCGUAAUGAAAGGCAAGAAGUUGAAGAAAGUAAAGAAGAAAAUAAUAACCGAAUCCGAGAAGAACGAAAUGAUAUUAGGCGAGAAUCGGAACGAGACAUGCAGACCAGACGUGAACUUAAAACAGAACGAGAUGCACGACGAUUUGACUCUAGAAAAAGCAAUGAUGAAAUUGAAUUGAGUCGACGAGAACGAGAUGCCCGAGAAGGAAGACGUCAAAUUGAAUCAGGACGCUCUAGCGAUCGUAUACGCGAAGUUCGUCAAAGACGUGACGAAAACAAAGACACCUCCUUGCGAGUUGAAUCACGGCGAGCUGGUGAUAGUCGACGUGAAGUUAGGGAGACUCGAAACGACGACAGGCAAGAAACACGCGAGCGCUUGGAAAGAACCUCAAUUCGAGACGAUCGUUAUGAUGAUGAACGAGAUAAUAGGCAACAGCGCUCCAAUGAAGUUGAAUCCUUGCGAGUUGGAUCACGGCGAGCUAGUGAUAGCCGACGUGAAAUUAGAGAGACUCGAAACGACGAUAGGCAAGAACAACGUGAACGCAUGGAAAGAACCACAAUUCGAGGUGGACGUGAAGAUGAAUCACGAGAGAAUAGGCAAGAAGAGCUACGAAGCUCCAAUGAAGCUGAAACCAAUCGAAUUCGUGACGGAAACAAAGAAACCUCUUUGCGAGUUGAAUUACGGCGUGAUAGACGACGUGAAAUUAGGGAGAAUCGAAACGACGAUAGGCAAGAACAACGUGAACGCAUGGAAAGGGCCUCAAUUCAAGAUAUUCGUGACAAUGCACGAGACAACAGGCGGCAAGAUCAUCGGCGAUCCAGUGCAGAAGAAUUCGGUCGAAUUCGUUUGGACGGACAAAAUGAAAAAUCCACAUUACGAGUUGAAUCUCAGCGAUCUAGCGACAGGGGACUUGGAGAUACUCAAAUGUUGGUAGAAAAGGAUUCCGAUCGUAUUCGUGAUGUUCGACAAAGGCGAGAUGAAAAUAAAGACAACAUUUCCCGAGUUGAACCAAGGCAAUCUGUCGACCACGAUCGUGAAAUUAGAGAUACACCUGAUGAUGAGAGACUAGAAGAACGAGAACGCAGGCAAGAAGUCUCAAGACGUAUUGACUCUCAACGAUUAGCUGCUGAACGAACUCGUGAAGUUCGAGAGCGACGAGACGAAGAUAAUACGGAACGAAGCAGUCAACGAAUUGAACGACAACUUCAACUACGAGAACUUCGCGGCCGAAGGGAAGAAGUCACACGAAGGGAAGAUAUCUCUCGUGGUGAAAGAAUUCGUGAAGUUUCAGAGAGACGAGGUGAAGACAGUAGGGAACGAGACUCUCAACGAUUUGAAAGACAAAAUGAAGCACAGGAACAGAGCGAACGACGAAGGGAAGAAACCUCACGACGAGUUGAAUCGCUAAGAUCUGAUGAUGAAAUAAUUCGUGAAGUUCGUGAGAGGCGUGACCAGGACAACAGAAAUGAAGAGCGUGAAACCCGUAUACGACAAAAUGAAAAUAACCUGGAACUCGAACAAAGAAGUAUUAUCCAAUACCGUAAUGCCGAUGAUAGCCUGACUAGACGUGAAGAACGCUCCCUAGAAAAUAGAGACAAUCGUCUUCGUAAAGUUCAACAACGACGUAAUGAGAACGAAGAAAGGACAUUGCGAGAAGAAAGCACCUCUCGGCGAGAAGAGAACGAACGCCGCUCAAUUGAACUUCGCGAUGUAGAAAACAGAAGCGGAGAAAACAAUAGGAGUUCCGACAAUGCUCGCAAUGAACGUGAACGCCUUGACGAACGUAACCAUAAAGGUAAACGGAAUGUUCGAGAGGAAGACUCUGCAUCCAAUCGUAAAAUCGACGAGCGACGUCUUGAAAAUAACCAAAGGCAAACCGAUCGUAUCGAAAGAGAAAUAAGAGCUCGCGAAGUUCGGCAACGAUGGGAUGACAAUAAAUCUCGAGCACAUCCAAAUGCAUUAAGGGAAGAUCGUUCUGAUAGCAGGCGAGAAGAAUUCGAGCGAAAUGACGAAAGCAGACGCCAAAUCGAAACACGGCGUUUGAUUUCUUCAGAUGGAAGUAUUCGUGAAGUAGAUGAACGCCAUGAUGUGCGUGACAGGGUUUCCAACAAUGUACGUCAAGUUCGUGAAAUCAACCGUGAAGAUGCACAAGAUGUUCGACUAGAGAGAUCCCCAUUGAAUCGUGAAAUCAGAGAAAGCCGAGUAGAUGAUAGGCUUGUUAGCAAGGAGAGAGAAACCGAACGCGGAUCUAACAAUGUCGAAAGAGAAAUGAGUCGUGAAAUCCGAGAAAGACGCAAUAAAUAUGUCGGCAAUAGGUUCGAGUCGCGAACUGCUAACGACUUUGAGUCCGAAAGGAUUCGUGAAAUUCAAGAUCGACGUGAACGAGAACUAGAUAGUCAAAGGGAGCGUGAGGAACGGGAAUCACGGCGAACAACUGAAGACAGGAUUAACGAACGGCGAGUUGUUCGUAAAGACGAACAUGAUGAUUCUACCAGAGCAGUGACAAGAGAUCGCGAGGUCCGAGAACUAGGUGAUUAUAAAGAAACUCGUGAAGCUGUUGCUAGAUGCCACGAAAAUGAAAAACGCGAUGUUCGCUCAUAUGAUAUUGCACGGUGUCACCAUUCUGAAGAAGAACAUCGUGAAAUUCGUGAAAGACAUGAGGAAACUAGACAAAAUCGUGAAAUCCUCAAUGAAGACAACAAUCGACGAGUUGAGUCAACGGACAGGGAUGAAAAUAUCAUAUCUAGACAAGAAAUUGAUGAUGAUCGUGAAACUCAGCGUCGCCGUACUGAACGGAUUAGUCGCCAGGAUGUAUCACGACGAGCAAACGAAAAGACAUCUGGUAUCAAUCGUGCCCAACGCGUUGAUGGAAGGCGGGAACGUGAGUCAAGACGAUUAGUUGCAGAAGAAAAUGAACAUUUGUCGAAUCGACGAGUAGAAACUACCAGGGAUAGCCGUGAAAGAAACAUCGAGCCCAUUAGAUCACCACACUCUGUAGUUGUUGAUUCUCGACGAAUUUCUCAAAUUAAUGAGCGGCGGACUGAAUCUCGUGAAAAUUUCUAUGUUCUUGAGCGAGAUAUAUCACGUCGUUCAAUGGACGUUGAGGAACGCCGUCAACGAGUUGAGUCAUGCGACCAUGAACAUUUACAACGUAUAUCAGCUGAAAAUAGAAGGAACCAUCUGGGUGAAAACGAGAAUCGCAACAUUCGCUACAUUGAAGAAGAAUCUGUAGAAGAGGCUUCGUUGUCGUUUAAAAGAACAUAUGUAAUGCUAGGACAAGGCUUCAUCUUAUCCCUCAUUGUGGCUCAAACACUAGGCGGCAAAAUGGCAAUGAAAUACCAGAAUAUUCCCCAAAAGGUACGAGACACGUUGGCUUUAUUAGGAUUUUAAGGUAUUAAUGAAUAUGGACCACACGAAAUCGACGGAAUAAUGUGACUACCCAUGGCUAUGAUUCUUAAGAAACACUGUACAUAUUUUAAUUUGAUUUAAAAUUUUUGUUUUGUUUAACCCAAACAUGUAUUUUAAAGCAAAUGUGUACCUAAAAGCAAAGUUGAUAGAAUCUUAAAUAAAAAUCAGCAGCAGUUAUCCAAUAUUGUUGUGUUAUCCGUUAAAAAAAUAUAUUUGUGAGCAACGAGUUUAACCAAAUAUACAAAUAUCUAUAUAAACAAUAUUCUUUAUUUAAUUGUUAUAAAACAUAAUUUUAUGCAAAUAAAUGAUAAAAUA